UCCAAUUCUAAAUUGGACAGGUUUACGAGGAACAAAAGUCUCUCUAACAGAACAAUCAUUGACACCGUAGAUUCGGAUUCUCUUCUCCUUCUCUUCCAAAACAUUCCGACGAAAACCGAUCAUCUUCUUCCUUUGUCAAAGUUUGAUACUUUUUGGUUGAAUUGGGAUCUGAUCGUGAUAAUUGGAUGGUGUGUUUGGAUCGAAAAACAUAAAGCGCAAAAUGGGUGUGGAUUAUUACAACAUAUUGAAGGUGAACAGGAAUGACACCGACGACGACUUGAAGAAGGCGUAUAGGAGGUUGGCCAUGAAAUGGCAUCCCGACAAGAACCGCACCGACAAAAAAGAAGCCGAGGCUAAAUUUAAGCAGAUCUCCGAGGCUUAUGAGGUCUUGAGCGACCCUCAAAAAAGGCAGAUUUAUGAUCAAUAUGGUGAAGAAGGGUUGAAGGACAUGCCGCCACCAGGAAGCUGUGGAUUCCCAUUUGGAAAUGGUAGUGGCAGUGGAUCAAAUGGGUUCAAUCCCAGGAAUGCAGAGGACAUAUUUGCAGAGUUCUUUGGAAGUAGUCCUUUUGGAUUUGGGUCAUCAGGACCUGGGAGGUCUAUGAGGUUUCAGUCAGAUGGAGGAGGAACUUUUGGUGGCUUUGGUGGGACUGACAAAAUCUUUCGGUCGCAUAGUGAGGGUGUCAUUCCAAAGAAACCGCUGGCUGUGGAGAGCAAAUUGCCUUGUAGCCUUGAGGAAUUAUAUUCUGGAUCAACGAGGAAAAUGAAGAUCUCAAGGACCGUGGCUGGUGCCAAUGGACGCCAAGUGCUAGAAACAGAAAUAUUGACCAUUGAUGUGAAGCCCGGGUGGAAGAAGGGAACCAAGAUUACAUUCCCGGAUAAAGGGAAUGAGCAGCCAAACCAACUUCCAGCAGACCUUGUUUUUGUAAUUGAUGAGAAGCCCCAUGACGUUUACAAGAGAGAUGGCAAUGACCUCAUUGUGAACCAAAGCGUGUCCUUAGCCGAGGCACUCAGUGGGACCACCAUAAAUCUUACCACCCUUGACGGUCGUAGCCUAUCAAUUCCAGUGACAGACAUUGUGAGCCCUGGCUAUGAGCUUGUUGUCUCCAAAGAAGGAAUGCCAAUAGUGAAGGAACCUGGCGGCAGAGGUGAUUUGAGGAUCAAAUUCGAUAUUAAAUUUCCGACAAGAUUGACGCCUGAGCAACGAGCAGGACUAAAACGCGCUUUGGGAGGUUGAGGAUUGAUUGACGGAUUGAUUCCUUGCUUCCCUCUCAUGUAUAUUGGCCAACAGCUUUGGACACUAAUAGAGCCAGUUGCAUACAGAGCUGUUGGUACUUGUUUUAACCAAAGGCUGUGAUCUCUUUGCUGCUAAUGGAUAUUGAGCAUGUUGAAAAGUUAUGCCCCCAAAUGACGAGUUAUACUUGGUAAUGAUUUGUGCAUCUGUUUCACUUAUUCAUUGUAAUUUUGUGUUAAUUGUGAUUAAUUUCGUUUCUCAGAUUAUUUUGAUUAAUUUGUAAUUUAUGGUUAGGUUUCAUUUUCUUUGUAGUUUGUGUAGCCUGCAGAAAUAAAGGAUUACUUUAAGUUACU